GGCGAAGAGUGACUUCCCUUAACAUCCCCAUCUUCCCCUUUUCCCUCCAUCAUACGCUCCCACUCUCUUUUCUUCAAUCCCUUCCCUCAAAACCAAUGUCGGCGUUACCCGUCAGUGUUACGAUUGACAACACUUUGGGCGCCGUGCUAGUUGGAUUCGCGGUGUCCUGCUGUAUAUACGGAAUACUGUUCUCGCAGGUGUUCACCUACUUUUCGAACUACCCAGAAGACCGCGUGGUAUACAAGUUUCUGGUCGUUCUUCUGCUCUGUAUGGAGACAGCCGAUCAAGUAAUGAUAGGCCACAUCCUAUACUUCUACGGAAUUACAAAUUACGCGAACAUAUUGGUGUUGCUCAAGGCUGAAACUACUUGGUCCAUAAUCUUGCAACAAACGAUUGGGGCAAUUGUUGGAGCUAUUGUGAAAACAAACUUUACUCUGCGCGUAUGGAGAUUCAGCGAACGCAACGUAUACAUAACCUCCAUUGUGAUGGUCUUGGUACUCUCCCAGCUAGGCCUUUCAUUGGCAUUCACAGUAGAGGCGUUCAAGCUUCCGACCAUUUUCGCCGCAGUGAAGAUACGUACGCUAGGGUCGAUCGCUCUGGGCGCUGGCGUCUUGACAGAUAUUGCGAUCGCCGUCUCGCUGUGUUACUUCCUCAAUCGACUCCGAACUGGAUAUCAGCAGUCAGAUACUCUGGUCAGCAGCUUGGUGCGUUACGCUAUCAACACCGGAGCUGUUACUGGUGCUGUCAGCUUGACAACGUUGAUUCUGUACAACCUCAUGCCGACAAACCUUGUAUUCGCCGCAACAUAUUUUAUCCUGAGCAAAUUCUACGCCAUAUCAUUUAUGGCGACGCUGAAUACACGUCGUAUCGUCCGAGGCAAAGGUACCGACAGGCAGGUGACAAGCAAUAAUACCAAUCUCUUCCACCUCGGGACGCGCGUAUCAGCCGUAGUGGGUCCCAGGACUGACCUCGAAGAUGGUUGGGAGUCAGCGUACACCCUCACAAGUUCCCAAGCUCAAAUGAGUGGACAAACCAAGUCACUGACUUCGCCAAGCUCCUCGAGCUCGCCAUAUUCAUAUUCUCGCCCAUACUCACACGGUCUCUUCCCGCAAAAUUCUUAUCACCCGGGAACGGAUACUUUUGCGCCCCAAAGUUUGACGUACGGACAAGCUUUAUGACCGCUCGUCUGAACUUGGAAGAUCGCGCUAGGCGCGUUGUCCUUUCGCGUCGGGUCCUAUCGCCCUGAAAUCACCAUCCUGCGAAUCACCGCUGGUGGUGGACCUCGGAGGAAUAGAGGAAAUUUAUUUUCCGUCAUUAGGAACAAAACGAAGGGCAAAAGUAAUUCCUGUAUCAUCAAAACACCGUCUUUUUGUUUCUGUAUAAUGUACUUCAGUAGUCCUUUACAAUCACACUCGUUUAAGCUUUCGAUUAUGCCAACUCCACACCGAUCUACAAUUCACUCCUUUUAUUAAUAUUCUACCUAGUUACUUUGUAGUUACUGGUCAGGCGGGUUGCUUAAUCGAUGUACCGCGUGGUUUCCCC